AUGCUCAAGGACAUCUUGAAAGCUCAAGAGCCUCCACCCGAAUCCGGGGGCCAGGAUAUGGCAGCGGCUCCAAUCGAAGCUGAGGACCAGGAUAUGGCAGAGACUCCAGCCGAAGCUGGGGACCAGGAUAUGGCAGAGGCUCCAACCGAAGCUGGGGACCAGGAUAUGGCAGAGGCUCCAGCUGAGGAUGGGGCAGUGGAGAAGAGCUACCCACCGGGUGCGAUUCAGCUAUCCACAGAUGCAGACAGCCAGAUCGUUGAGGAGCAGGAGGAAGAGCAUUUUCAGUAUCAGACCGAACACGAGGUGCCAGCCACCCAGCCCGAUCCCCCAUCAGCCGAGAAGCCGAAGCCCGAGAAGGACAAUUCUGGGAUAGAUCCGAAAGACUCCGAGGACUCCCACGGCGAUCGAACGAGCGACAAGGACUUCAUGGCUGAAAAAGUGUUGGAGGAAGCAGGCGGUGAGGAUGAUGCUGCUUUGUCCGAGCUGCAGUCCAAACUGCGAGCAGCUGCUAAGGCGAAGGCAACUGUUGAGCAUGCGGAAAAGAAGACUCGAGGACGUGGCCGUGGAGGCGGCGGUCGUGGAGGCGGCCGUGGAAGGAGUGGUGCCGCAUUGAAGCGGCCAGCAGCUGCAAAGCGGAAGGUCGACGAGGUGGACGAGGUUGGGCCGGAGACGGAAGUGGUCGAGGCCUCCGCCGGGAUGGCGCAAAGCAAGGAGGAGGAUAUCGAUGCUGAAGCCAAGCCCGAGAAGAAAGCAAAGAAAGGCGAGCAGGAAGCAGACGGGAAUGAUGAUAAAGGCAAGAACGACAAGAAAAACAAGAAAGACCGGACAGCCGAGGAGAAGGAGGUGCUGGACAGCAUCCCGGAGCUUGAGAACUACAGAGCUGAGUCUUUGGAAGAGGGCAAGGAAAUGGCGGUGGUGGAAGAUGCCUUCGAGCAGGACAAAAUGGCUUUGGCAAAAUUGACGGCCCAGCGCCGGGCCGAAAAGGCCGUGAAGUAG